AUGGAGCGCAGCAUACUUGAUGUGAAACAGACCGACCGAAUUGGGAACACGAUACUGCGCUCCCUAACUCAAAUUGCUGUUGUAGCCCAAAAAUCUACGAAGUUGAAACGGAGUUGGGCUGGUCAUAUCUACCGCAUGCCUGAAGACCUGUGGACCAAUAUAACCCAGUGGAGCCCCAAAAGCGUAAGGCGCCGCGGCAGACCGAGGAAGCGAUGGCGAGAGAAAUUGAACGCCUACGAUAAAGCUUGGGUCCAGUUAGCUCAGGAUCGGGAUGCACAGAGGGAUCAGGGGGAGGCCUUUGCCCAGCAGUGGGAUACAUCAGGGUAA